AUGGGAAGGCACUCUUGCUGCUUCAAACAGAAGUUACGGAAAGGCCUCUGGUCUCCAGAGGAAGACGAGAAGCUUUUGAAUUACAUCACAAAACAUGGUCAUGGAUGUUGGAGUUCGGUCCCCAAACUAGCUGGUUUGCAAAGGUGUGGGAAAAGCUGCAGGUUGAGGUGGAUAAAUUACCUGAGGCCUGAUUUAAAGAGAGGUGCAUUCUCACAGCAGGAAGAGAAUUUGAUUGUUGAACUUCAUGCAGUCCUUGGCAAUAGGUGGUCUCAGAUUGCAGCACAGCUACCAGGAAGAACUGACAAUGAGAUUAAAAAUCUAUGGAAUUCAUGCCUCAAGAAGAAGCUGAGGCAAAGUGGCAUUGACCCAAACACACACAAACCACUCUCUGAGGUUGAGAACGACAAGGACAAGCCACUCACAGCCGACAAAAGCAAUCAGAAUAAAGCCUCAGUGGGAUCCAAUGAAGUGAGUUUGGUUGAGCCAGCAAAACUCAACUCAACUUCCAUGCCUGUUGAGAGAUACCCUCUGGAAGUUUCUACUAGCUCCAAGAUCAACAACACUAGCAGCAGCAAUUUGACCAACACCAAUCCCACCCAGGAAUUAUUCCUAGAAAGGUUUGGUACCUGCCAUGAAAGCUCCAUCACCACCAGUUGCAAACCAUCUGAUAUGGUUGGAUCAUAUUUUUCUUUUCAACAGUUGAACUAUGUACCAAAUAUGGGUCUCUCUGCAAAUCCCAACACCUCACUUUGCUUCCUACCAACAUCCACUUCUUCCCAGGUUAUCACAAUUUUCCCAACUCAAACACAUGUGAAGCCCACUAUGAGUCUCCAUUCUAAUAACAAUCCUUCAAUAUCCUCUGGCGAUAUUGAUGGGGUUCAAAACUGGGAAUCCAGUAACUUCAGCAACAGUAACAUGGCAAAUAAAAGCAAUGGGAGCAGUAACAGUAUCCAGUUACAAAGCAGCACAAACUUCCUUGACAACAACACUCUGACGUGGGGGCUAGCAGAGUCUAUGAAGGUUAAUAAAGAGAAUACUCAUGUGUCCCUACAAGCAGAACAAGAGGAAAUAAAAUGGUGUGAGUAUCUUAACACCCCGUUUCUUCUAGGGAACACAGUGCAGAAUCAAACCUCUCAAUCUAUCUACAGUGAGAUUAAACCAGAAACAGGCUUCAUAGCAGACGAGUCAAGUACUAGUUGGCACCAUAGCCAGCAGCAACCACCACCUUUUCAACUUUCAGAUAUAUAUACCAAGGAUCUGCAGAGAUAUUCAGUGGCUUUUGGACAAACCCUGUAG